GCAACAUUCGUUUCACGUGUUCAUAUUUCCUGACUGAUUACUCCGGUGGUCUUUCGUUUUUGAUCUUCUAAUAAUUAAUUAAUUAUUUGUCUGCAAAUAGGAAACUUUUAGUAAAUAAAUUAAUCGAACUCCUAAAAGAGUUACAAUUCAAAAAUGGUCACAACCAAUCUGGAUUUGAUUGCCACAAUCGAAGAUGACGCUGAAGUAGAAAAUCUCUCAGAAGAUUCUGAUGCAGAAGUCGAGUACCAACCAACAAAAUUGCGCCACAAGAAAGUGACUGAAUUCGAAAAAGGCUUCGAAUUCGUGUCGUCAGUAAAAGAAUACAACCAAGACACAUGGGACGAUCUAAUGAAGUAUGUGAAGCGUAAGGCGCGCACAAAGACCGACGAUAAGAUCGCUGCAAGGCUACAAAAUCGUGAACCUGGCACAAUCAAGAGUGACGAUGAAGAUGAUGAGAUUGACCUCUCAGAAGAUGAACUGAAACACGACGGUCUUCGGCAGCGUGAAAAGAAAAUCAAAAAGAAGAAGAAAAAGUCUGGUGACGACGCAGAAGAGGAAAAGGAUGAAGAAGAUGAAAAAAUGAACUUUGAAGAAAUCGAAGCUCAAGGAGAAAUCAGUUCCUUCUACCAAAUGAAUCUAUCGCGUCCUCUGAUGAGAGCCAUCGGAGUCCUGGGUUACAUCUAUCCGACUCCAAUCCAAGGUGCCACUAUUCCUAUUGCCUUGCUGGGUCGAGAUAUCUGUGGUUGUGCGGCCACCGGUACUGGUAAGACAGCUGCCUACAUGUUACCCACUCUGGAACGUCUCUUGUAUCGUCCCAUGAAUAACAAGACAAUCACAAGAGUUCUGGUUUUGGUGCCAACUCGUGAAUUGGGUGCCCAAGUCUACCAAGUGACCAAGCAACUGAGUCAGUUCACCAGCGUUGAUGUGGGUCUGGCUAUCGGAGGUUUGGAUGUGAAGGCUCAAGAACUCGUGCUCAGGCAGAAUCCUGAUAUCGUUAUUGCCACUCCAGGUCGUCUGAUUGAUCACAUCAAGAACUGUCCUAGUUUCAGUUUGGAUUCCAUUGAGGUCCUGAUUCUAGAUGAAGCCGAUCGUAUGUUGGAUGAAUACUUCGCCGAACAGAUGAAGGAGAUUAUCGGCUCGUGUUCCAAGACUCGCCAAACCAUGCUCUUCUCAGCUACUAUGAGUGAACAGGUCAAGGAUUUGGCCGCGGUCUCCCUCGACAAACCAGUCAAGGUGUUUGUGAACACCAAUCAGACGGUGGCCUUCAAUCUUCGUCAGGAAUUCAUUCGAAUUCGUGAGGAUAAGGAAGCCGAUCGGGAGCCCAUUCUGGCCAGUUUGAUUUGCCGGACAUUCCAUGAUCACUGCAUGGUCUUUGUGCAGACGAAGAAGCAAGCCCAUCGAUUGCACAUCCUUCUGGGUUUGCUUGGGGUCCGAGCCGGCGAGCUUCAUGGUAAUCUCACGCAACAGCAGCGUUUGGAGUCACUGAAGAAGUUCAAGGAGGAGCAAAUUGAUGUCCUGAUAGCCACUGAUGUGGCGGCUCGUGGUUUGGAUAUCGUCGGUGUGAAGACAGUCAUCAACUUUGUCAUGCCCAUUACCACAGAGCACUACAUCCAUCGUGUGGGACGUACUGCUCGUGCCGGACGAGCUGGUAUCUCUGUGUCUCUGGCUGGUGAAAAGGAACGCAAGAUUGUCAAGGAUAUCAUUAAGAAUGCUGAGAAUUCCGUCAAGAACAGGAUUAUUCCUCCAGAAAUCAUCGAGAAGUACCGAAAGAAGCUGAUUGCUCUUGAACCAGAGAUCCAGAACAUUCUUGACGAGGAACAAGCUGAACGUCAACUAGCAAAGGCUGAACAAUCAUUAUCUAAGGUUGAGCGGAAGUUGGCUGGUGCGCCAGCUGACAAUCGUUCAUGGUUCCAGACCAAGAAACAACGUGAAGAAGAAAAGGCUCGACUCUCACUCACAGAUGAAGCCGAUGCCAAGAAGAACGGCAAGGGCGGCAAACCUGGUGCAAACAAGAGGAAACGUCCCGAAUACGGUGGUGAUGGCGAAGAUGGUCCACCAGUGAAAGAAGUCAAAAAGAAGAAGAAGGAAGAAAAGAGGAAAACACCUGAACAAUUGGCAAAGGAGCGAGCCAUGAGAGAAGUUCAAAAAGUAACACUUGUCAGAGCUAAAUUGGCCAAAAUAAAGAAGAGGCCAGGUAAACUUAAUGCCGUCAAUGAUAGUGUCCAUAAGUCUGGUGAUGGUGCGAGGAAACCCAAGAGAAAGUCACAUUCAGCCUUUACAAACGAUUUGACCGAUGUCAGUCGAAGUGGUGCUUUGAGAUUGAGAUCCGAGGCGAACCGACAUAAGAAGAUGUCAAAGAUGAAUGCAAAGAAGAAGACAAGCAAUGUGAAGAUUGCCAACAAAUCAGGAAAGAAUAAAUUUAACAAGGGCAAGAACUUUGGAGCACCGCGAUUUUCUAAGAAAAAUAAAAAGUAAUGUUACAAGUUAAGAUUUUUGUAAAAUGAUUUAGAAAAAAGGUUAAGAUUAUUUUAAUAAAACAAAACUUUAUUACAA